AUGGACAACUCAACUUAUUCACUGCCUUCUGACGCCUCUAUCCAUCUUGACAUUAAAAUGGCCGCCCGAACAUCGGCGAGAUCGCAGGCUACCGCCGAGUUCCUGAGCGCUCCCUGGCGAUUCGCCACGAGACAGACCUAUGACAAGGAUACAAAUCCCGACGGCGUCAUCUCAUUUGCCUUGGCCGAGAAUAAAUUGGUUGUUCAAGACGUACAAGACUUUGUCAAUCGCAAUGUCACGUUUGAGAGCAACGACUUCAACUACGGCACUACAGAUCGCUUUCCUAGAGCGCUGGCCGCACAUCUCACAGAAUACCUGCACCCGUACCUUCCCAUCCAGCCAGAGCACAUUCGCUCGACCAGCUCGUGCACUGCGCUGCAUGACAUGCUGGCAUGGGCCAUGGCCGACCCCGGUGACGCGAUCCUGCUCAAUCGUCCCAUCUACGGACGCUUCGAGCUAGACUUUACCAAUCGCGAGCAGGUCAAAAUUUUGUACGCGGACACGGAUGCUGAAACGUGUCUGAAAGUGAGUGCUAUCCAAAAGUACGAAGAGGCCCUUGCCGAUGCCGCAGCGUCGGGCAUCCACGUGCGCGCUAUUCUCAUCGUCAAUCCCAACAACCCUCUUGGUCAAUGCUACCACCGCAACACAUUGAUGGAGCUCAUGAAGCUGUGCCAACGCCACCAGAUCCAUCUCAUCAGCGACGAAGUCUACGCCUGCUCCGUCUUUGACUCUGACGAGCCCGAGGCCACACCCUUUACCUCGAUGCUCUCCAUCGACCCGCGGGGUCUCAUCGAUCUUGACCUGCUGCACGUCGAGUACGGCUUCGCCAAGGACUUUGCCGCCGGCGGCAUGAAGCUCGGCGCGCUCGUCAGCCGGAGCCGGCCGAUCCUGCGCGCCAUGGACAGCCUGAUGCGCUUCCACACGCCGUCGGGACCCGUGCUCAACAUGGCCUGCGCGCUGCUCGAGGACCGCGCGUGGUGCCGCGCGUACAUUGACACGAUGCGCACCCGGACGAGGGCCGCGCAUGCGCACGCCACGGAGCAGCUGCGCGCCGCGGGCGUACCCUUCCUGCCGGGCUCCAACGCGGGCUUCUUCCUGUGGAUCGACCUCUCGGGGCAUUUACCCGCGGAUCUGGAUGGCGAGGAGAACGCCGAGUUUGCGUUUGCGAAAAAGGCCCUGGCGGCGGGGGUGUUUGUGCAGCCCAGGGAGGAACACGCCAACAAGCCGGGCUGGUUCAGGCUGGUGUAUACGCAGGAUCCUGCCAUUGUUACAGAGGGAAUAAAAAGGAUCAAGAGUGUCAUCACGGCAAAGUAA